CUCGCCAAGCGUUGGUCGUGCGUGUUUUUAAUUUGGUCAUUGUUUGCAACCAUUGUAUUUAGAAAAAUGAUACGAAAAAUUGCAGUGUACAGCCAUAGUUUCAAUACAUUCGAGAAAUUAUAGCCAAUUAAAAGUGUUCCCGAUUAAAUAUCUUGUUUUACGUGCGGUAUCAAGCCGUUAGAUAGUAAAAUAAUGAAUUUCACACGCUGCGGCAGUCUUCUGUUUGAAUAGUCGUGAACCUUGUGGAAUCGAUUUUUAGAUGUUAUUAAUGAAAUUACUUAGGUGCUUGUGGGUGAUAUUGUUGUAAAAACGAACCUGUUCCACUGGACUACCGUUACGUUGACUUUUCGACCGUAGUUGAUCGUGGCGGGCUCGAAAUCGAUAUAGAUAAUAAAAAAUGCAUAUUUUCCCCAUGGUUUCAUAAAGGUUCGGUUCAAUACAGUGCCGGCACGAAUAUCGCGGGCGAAUGCUGCCCAUUCAAAUAAUCCAUCUGUUUCUAAUAACUGCAGUGCAAUAUUGUUUCUGAUGUCGAAGUGAUGUGAUAUUGAAUCUUAGAUUAUUUUACAAAGGAAAUCCGACGAGAAAAAGAUACAAGAUCGGAACGCGAAUGAAUUCACGCAAAAUAAAUUCAAGAACUUCAAUAAGACUAUAUAAUUUAAUAUCAAUAUUAUGUGAUAAAGAGUGUCGACGUGUGUAGUGUCGGCCAUUUUGUGUUAUUAUGGCAGCCAUUUUGAAUAUGUUUCGGCUUAGAGUCGGCGGUAUGCUGUUACGCGUGGUGCUUCUGUUGUCGAUCGCUGUGUACUCCUCUUACGGUGGAGGUUGCACGUUUCCCGCCGAGUGGACGGGUAGCUGGUUCCAAUCCGGAUACUUAGGUUUAAUAGCCAUCAACUCGACGCACAUACAGUUGAAGGGGGAGUGUUCAGAAACUGAAUCCUACGACAAGUUCCUAUUGUAUGACAGGAGCUUCGACUGCUACAGAUGUAUGGUCAUACAUGAAAAGCACAAGUAUGUGCUGCAGUAUAAAGAAACGUACUGCAGUCAGAAGGAUUCGCUGUCGUCGAUUUGCGACGAGAUCAGCGGUGACGCGCCGUUGUACUCAAUGUUCAGGAAGGAGCCGAGGCCUGAGCCACAACCGUGCCCCUUCCACCCAGCACCCUUCACGUUCACUUACAGCAGGGGUUCAGGAGAUUGUGCGUAUCCACCGUCGCGUGCGGAAUCCUGUACGGACGACUCGAGAUUGUUGUUGAGAUACAUGGCCUGUCCCGAUGUACCCGGCACGGAGAGCAAUGUGGAAGAGCUGGUGUGUCUUGCUACUUGGAAGGAAGGUUCAACGAGGUACCUCGUGGGUCAGAUCUCGCAAGUGCAAAGGAGGAAUUCCAUUGCCUCGGAUGAAGAUACGUAUAGAUGUUUCAUCUACAAGGGGCAGCACGGUGACAAAAGCACGUCCUAUAUAAUAGCGCAGUCGGGCGACGCGACUUGCAACGGCCUGUCAUCGCCCACUGACGGCAGUCGGACCAUGAAACUUACUACGAGUGACGAUGAACAUAACCGCUGUCACUUUCCGAGCUGGAUCGUGGAUCAUCAUAAAUGGUUCAGCCUCGACCAUACCCACCAGUACCAUUUCACCACCAAGAAUGCUACUCUCAAGAUAAUGAACACGGAUGGUUCAUUCGAAGAGAAGCGACUCGUCUGUCACUCUAUAUUGGAACAGAAGGAUAAGAAGCACAUUAAACUGGUGGCGCACGUCACUAAGGGAUGCAUGUCGGGUCACGUCUGCCUCAAGUUCUUCCGGCGCGAAGGGAACAUCCUGGAGCUGCAGCAGGGCUCCGAGCUGUGGGAGCAGCCGCAGGACGCGUGUUCGGAGCCCGGGAACCCGCCCUUCGUAACGCUCAUCACCACGUCGCUGACGCCGCAGCCGUGCCCGCUGGCCGGACGGUACUCCGUGCGCGUCGCGCGGGCCCGCCGCCGCCGGGACGACGAUUCCCAGUCGGCGGCGGCGCCCUGCGCGGGGGCGGAGCCCGACAGCGCGCGCGUGGGCUGCGGCCGCGACCGGGACACCAUCGAGCUGCGCUCCGCCUGCGCCUCCACCGCGUACACGUGCUACGGCAGCUGGCGCGAGGGCGCGCGCGGGUUCGUGGUGGCGGCGCCGCGCGCGCGCCCGCCCGCCGCGCUGUGCCUCGUGUACACCGUGCGCAACGAGACGGGCGGCGCGGUGUCGCUGUGGCUGAGCGCGCGGCGCGCGUGCGAGCGCGGGGCGCCCCGCCGGGACGCGUACGACCUCAGCGGGAACGGCACGUGCGAGCAGAGCAGCAAAUACAAUAGCGGCGGGGUGCGAGCGGGACAGUCUGCCCGUUGGCUCGCGGCGCUCGCGGCGCUGUACGUCGCUGCCAGGUGAUAUGAACGCUGGACGGCCGCCCGCUAGAUUCGCUGAAUUGUUUGGAGUUCAUCGGGGUAUUAAGACUGCUUUACAAUUGAUACCGAUCGAUAAAUAACUAAUUAUAUAUAUUUUUCAUCGUUUUUCCUUAAGAAAUAUUCAUAAACGACAAUCGUCUUAGAUAUUUUUAAAUUUUUUUUCAUAUAUAUCGCAUAGUGAUUUAAUAAUUUGCGAUAAUAUAACUAAAGGAUUUGAAAAUAAUGUAAUCUACCGAUUUCGUUUAAAGAUUUUAUCAAUUUUAUGAAAUCGAAAAACCGCCUCCAAGUAAUGGUCAACCAACUAUAUAACAUAUAGACGAUUAAAAUCAAAUUAUGUUCAUAUUAUAUUUACAUUAAAUAUCACCUUGAACUACAUAUACACACAUACAAACAUUUAAUGAACAAAAAUCUAAAUAACUAAUACAAAAAAAAAAAAAACACAAAAACAAUAAAACACCUGACUAAGAUAAGAUUUUAUAUAGUUUUAGUUACAUACAACAACGGAACACAACAAUACUAGUUAUUGCUGUUUGGCGGUAGAGGAUGUGAUGUGUGUGUGGUGCCCAGACGUGGUGCACAAAAUCCUACCACUGAGUAAUUUAUUAAUAAAUGUAAUUGUAUGUUUGUAUCGACAAUACAUCAAUGGAAUAUUGAUUGCUAGUAUUUUGGAGGCGGUUUGAUAAGCGAAUGCUAAUUUUGGAUUUGAUUGACGUUUCAGUAAAGUUGUAAAAAUUUUGUGAAAUGUAGUACCUAGAUCGGUUUUAGAACUUUUUUUUAAUUUUUAGUACAGUUUGUGUUUUUCUCUUAGAUAAUGUAUGAUAUAUUUAAUAUUUAUUGAUUAAUUAUUAUUAAUUAUUCAAUCGGGUAACCGUUUUUUUUUUUGAGUAAAUAAAAAUAGAAUAUUAUUUUCUAAAUACGUAUUUUUACAUCUAGCAAUAUUCAGUUUUCGAUUUCGAAAUUUUUAAAAAAACCGGUUCAAACUGGUUUGUGAGAAUUUAGUUUCAUAUUAUGAAAUCGAUUAAGACAAAUCCGUUAUAUUUGUUAAUUAAAAUUAACCCAGACUUGAAAAACCCAGUUUGAACUAGUUUUAAUUAAAAUUUUUUGUUUAUAAUUAUUAUUAAACAAACAGCGCCAUCUAUGUUUAAUAUGUGAACUGAACAGUUAGAUGUUAUUUACUCUUUGAAAACGGUUACAAUCGUACUAUGGGGUUGUAUUCUUUAUUCAAAUGACAGGGAGAUUUGCUCUAUGUACAAACAGAUGCUGAUUAAUAUAUAUUUAUUUAUAUACAAGACUAUUCCACUUAAUUACAUAUUUUAUUUAUGAAACAUUCAAAAUUAAUUAUUAAUGAUUAUUUAGAUUUAAAGGUUAAACUUGAUUACUUAUCUUAAAUCUUCCUGUCAUUCGAAUUCUACAAGUAAACCAGUGUAAGCAGUUAUACGUUUUAAUACUCAAGGAAUAAUGACUAUUUUCGAACGAACAUCCAACAGCGAACCCCCUUUCAGGUAAAUCUAUAACUUUUAGGUUAGUCGGGAACUGAACAGAGUUAAAAAGGAAACGAAGCAACGUGAUCGUAAUGUAAAUAUAAGAUGGUUUAAGAAAUGAAAAUAAAUAUGCAUUUUUAAUGUUACGUAUGUAUUUUUUGAAUUUAGGCAUUGUGUCCCUGAAAACAAAAAAAAAAAAAAAAAUAAUAAUAAUGGAUAAUUGUUACCAUUUUAUACGUUCUGGGACUUAUUUAUAAUGUAUAUUAUUGAUAGAAAAAAAAAAACGCUUUUCAAGUAUACAUUUGUACGUUACGCUAUACAGAUUAAAUAAUAAGUCUAAAUUAUUAAAUAGAUAGACUAAAAUGUAGACGAAUUGUGCUCAGCGUUAUAAGUUUUAAACGUCCAGUUUUUCAUUUUCAUUUGCGAACGUUCUUCGUAAAGUGUGAACAAAACGAAACAGUUUAUCACGUGACAUUAUUCUAAAUGGAAUUAUAUUUAUUCUAUAAAAGAUUUUCUAUUUCUAGUUCACACGUUUCGUGGCAUGUUUUCCUUGUGAUUGUAAUUAAUUCAGUACAAUUAAUACUUAGAUACUUUAUUUCUUAGAUUUAUUUUGACGUCAAAAUAUAAGAAAUAUUAAAAAACGAAUGUUCUUCGUUAGCUUUUUAAAAGACGCUUCACGCGAACGCUAUACAUAAAAUCCUGACCAAUAGUAGUUAAAAUAUAAUUGCUCAUAAAAUAGUGUGAAAAGUUUUAUUUGUGAUAUGAAAAUUACUUAAGGAUAAAAAAAUAAUAAUAAUAAUGAUAUGUAAAUAUUUACUAGACUCGAGUUCCUGACAGUUUUUCUUUUCCGACUUUUUUGUGAUAAUUUUUGAAUAUUCGAAGUUAGUUUGUAAGUAAAGAAUUGAAUAUGUCAAUGCUUGCCUACACAGACCUACUAAAAAAAAAGUAUAUAAAACUUAGCCGAAAAUGAUAUUGUAAAUAAAUUUAGCCCAUAAUUUAUAUACCAAUAUUUUAUAAGUUUAACGCAUUUAAAAAAAAUACAGGACGAAAGUAUUAAUUUAAAAAAAAAAAUAACCGAAGAUAAUAAAUAACGUUUAAUAAUUGAAUUGUAAAGGAAUUCGAACAGCCAUUUUUAAAUAAAGUGUUGAAUGCACAGUAUAAUAAGAUAAUUUUCACAACUUAGUAAAUAAGGCAGCUUAUGUUGUUUCAUUUUUAUUUAUUAUUAAAAAAAAAAUAUUAUAAAUAAGAGAUAUUUCACAUUGUGAAUAAUUGCACUGACGUUUUUAUGUAUUAAAAAAAAAAUAUGUAAUAAUCUAUGGGAGAUGUAAUUUGUAUAAUUUUCGGCCCCAAACUUUUGUUAGCUUAGUCCAUUUUGUAUAGCUGAUAAGCAUUUGUUGAUAUGUUUUCGAUUUCGCUUUCUGUUCUCGCGAAGUGGUCACGCCAUGGAAUACGAUUUGUAACUAUUACCGUAUAAGCCUAUUAUUAUAUUUUGAUUACUGAAAUGUAUUUAAAAAUCA